GUGUGGUGGGUUCUUCUUUGUGGUUUGAAAAAGGUUAUGAUUUGGUAAGUGGGUACUGUUGAUCUUUUUGAUAUUGGAAGUUUGACAAUGAUAUUGGGUUCUCUUGGUUUAGAUUGGCCUGCUGGUGCCUCAGGAAACGGUUGCAGAAAUCUAAUCCAGCAUGCGGGUUUUUUCUCAUAAAAAUCAAGAAUUAGGUGGGUACGUGUAGAUGUUUUAAGUGUUGCUGAUCGGGUUUAUUGGGUUGGAUGGUAUUUUAGUUGUUUCCAGAAAGAAGAAUUUGCUUGAGGAAAUUAGCUCCAUGGUUUUUGUUAUGGAUUAAAACUAAAUAUCCAGUUGGGUGCAAUGUUAAGAGCAUUAGCCCUUGGAUUUUUAAUUUCUUGCCUGGCAAUAUCUGUAUCUGCCAUUGAUGCUGAAUUUGGGGGUUGUUGUGAUGAUGAGGGCUUUUGGAGCAUACAUAGCAUUUUGGAGUGCCAGAAAGUGAGUGAUAUCUUGAUUGCAGUAGCCUAUUUCUCAAUACCCCUUGAACUCCUUUACUUUAUUAGUUGCUCAAAUGUGCCCUUCAAAUGGGUCCUUGUUCAGUUCAUAGCCUUCAUAGUGCUUUGUGGACUGACCCAUUUGAUCACUGCAUGGACUUAUUAUGGUCCCCACACAUUCCGGUUGGUGCUGUCCCUCACCAUUGCCAAAUUCCUCACAGCUCUUGUCUCGUGUGCUACUGCAAUAACCCUUUUAACUCUGAUUCCUCUCCUCCUCCAAGUCAAAGUGAGGGAGCUUUUCUUGAGGCAAAGUGUGCUGGAAUUAGAUCAAGAAGUGGGGAUGAUGAAGAAGCAGGAGGAAGCAAGUUUACAUGUUCGAAUGCUAACACAGGAAAUCCGGAAGUCACUAGAUAGGCAUACCAUAUUGUAUACUACUCUAGUUGAGCUUUCUAAGACACUGAAUUUGCACAAUUGUGCAGUAUGGAUGCCGAACGAGAACAGAACAGUUAUGCACCUGAUCCAUGAACAAAGAGCAAGUCCAUCUAGGAACUCUCAGCAUUCAAUCUCAAUAGAUGAUCCUGAUGUGAGGGAGAUAAAGUCAAAUAAAGGUGUGAGGAUCCUUAGGCCAGAAUCAGCACUCGGACUUGCAAGUGGUGUGUUGAAUGAAGCAGGUUCUGUGGCAGCAAUCCGGAUGCCAUUGCUCCACGUUUCAAAUUUUAAAGGCGGAACGCCUGAACUGGUAGAAACUUGCUAUGCCAUAUUGGUCUUGGUUCUUCCAGGUGCAAACAAUGGGAAUUGGAGCUGUCAGGAAAUGGAGAUUGUUGAAGUUGUGGCUGAUCAGGUAGCUGUUGCUCUGUCGCAUGCUGCAGUUCUUGAGGAAUCUCAGCUGAUGAGGGACAAACUGGCUGAGCAAAAUCGCACCUUACAACAGGCGAGAAUGAAUGCAAUGAUGGCCAGCCAAGCAAGGAACUCAUUUCAGAAAGUGAUGAGCAAUGGUAUGAGGAGGCCGAUGCAUUCUAUUUUGGGCCUGCUUUCGAUGUUUCAAGAUGAGAAUUUGAAGUUUGACCAGAAGAUGAUUGUUGACACUUUGUUAAAAACCAGCAGCGUUCUCUCAACAUUGGUAAAUGAUGUGAUGGAAAUUUCACCAAAGGAUAAUGGGAGAUUCCCACUAGAAAUGAAACCUUUUAGGCUACAUUCCACUAUUAAAGAAGCUUCUUGCCUUGCCAAGUGCUUGUCAGUAUACAAAGGCUUUGGGUUUGAAGUUGAUGUUCAGAGCACUUUGCCUGAUCUGGUGAUUGGUGAUGAGAAGAGGACUUUUCAAGUGAUUUUGCAUAUGGUUGGCUAUCUACUGGACAUUUAUUGUGGAGGAGGAACUGUAGUAUUUCGGGUUUUUGCAGAGGUUGGUAGUCUGGACAAGAAAGACAGCACGUUAGGGAUAUGGAGAUCAAGCACAACUGCUGAUUAUGUGCGUGUAAAGUUUGAAGUGGAGAUUCAUGGGGGCAGUAAUGAGUCAGAUGAAUUAAUCUCAGGCAAAAAUAAUGCUACAAUGACGCAGAACAAAGAUGAGAUUAGGGAAAGCCCCAAUUUCAGCAUGUGCAAAAAGCUUGUGCAGAUGAUGCAAGGUAAUAUCUGGAUAUCCCCGAACUCUCUGGGUUUUUCGCAAAGUAUGACGCUUCUUCUCCGGUUCCAAAUCCAACAACAGUAUUUUGGAAGAACCACAUAUGCACCAGGGAAACCCUCUGACCAACCAGAUUCCAACUCCAUGUUUAGAGGCCUCAAGGUUUUACUAGCUGAUGACGAUGAUGUAAAUAGGUGUGUGACCAAGAAGCUUCUUGCGAAACUGGGUUGCAUGGUGACUUCUGUCUCAUCAGGCUUUGAGUGUCUCAGUGCACUAACCCAUGCUGAAAAUUCGUUCAGAAUUGUAAUCUUGGAUCUUUACAUGCCUGAAAUGGACGGGUUUGAUGUGGCAUUGAGAAUCCGCAAGCUCCGCAGCCGGAACUGGCCAUUGAUCAUAGCCUUGACAGCCAGUGCUGACGAUCGUGUGUGGGAGAGAUGCCUGCAGAUUGGAAUGAAUGCAGUGAUCCGGAAACCUGUUCUCUUACAAGUAAUGGCAGAUGAACUCAAAAGGCUUCUACAACAGGCAGGGGAAGGGGUGUGAAGAUUUUCUGGACUCGAUUCACUACAAAAUGCAGAUUUUGAGGCAUUGUUUCAUUCACUUUGAAGACCAGUCACAGCAUAUAUAGAUUCUUAAUAUAGAAUCCACCUUAGCAGUAUACCAAAAUCAAAAUGUAGCCCUUGAAUCUUUGCUAACCAUUUUGCUCAUAAUUAAACUCAAGUGCUAGAAUUUCAUAGUAUGCCUUCAAGUUAAUUAUACAUCUAGCUAAUGCUGGAAGAAACUAUGUGCAUAAGGGUAUCGUCUUGAUAUAUUUAUAAUUCAAUGGCAGAGAACCCAUCAUUUCAUACUUGCUUGGGUACCUGGUACCUUGUUUUAGAAUGCUGCAUUCAGGCUCAGGUAGUCAGGUUCCCAUUGUAUGAACAGUGACAAAUUUAAUGAUAGCUCAAGGGAGAAAGUCAAUACAAUGUUUGAGAAUAAUGCUUCAGAUUUCAA